UGAUCGUGUUACCUUGCCUAGAAGAAUAACUAACUUAUACUCAUCACUUUCAACCUGGAUAGAAAACCCGUAUCUAAACCCGGAAACUUCUUCUGUUUGUCCUCGCGAGAUUGGCAGGGCUCUAUGGAGCACACAGCGAUGCGAUUGUUACUGCCAAAACGCACCCACGACUCCAUCGACCGUCGGUUUUCUCCGCAACAUUCUGGUCAUGACAAACGUAAGAAUGUCGGGAAUGCAUGUGAAUCAUGCCAGAGGCGCAGAACGAAGUGCACUGGUCUGCCCGCACCCUGUCAGUCAUGUCGUUCGCUUGGUACUCGGUGUAUCUUCAAACCUUCCCUCGACGGUCGCAGGCUUUCGUAUCGUGGAGCCCGAGAAGACUCGAUCGUUGAGCGUCGUUUACUCGCAAUGCUGGUCCAGGUCCUUAGUCAUGGCUCGCGUGAACAAGUUGAUGGCGCCGUCGACAUUCUACGGAUGAGGAGAGGGUGUGAGGAUAUACUGGACGAUUUCAUGGGUAUUACCACUUCAUUGCAGAAAAUGCAGCCGUGCCUGCUGCCGGAAUCGGCGCGUGGCCUAGUCGAGUCCGAUACGAGUCUGGAAGAUCCACCAGCAGCAAGCGUCAGAUUCAGCUCCAGAAAGCCGCAAAUAGAGAGGACAAUUUUGCCACGAGAAGAGCAGGGGCAACAUCGGCAGCAACUCGAAGAGGAAUUGAGUCAAAUAAGAAAACACCGCUGCUGCUCGACGUGUACUCGAGCAUCCUUACGUGAAACAGAGCCCAAGAGUCCUUUACAAGAUUUUGAGCAUACGCAGGAAGAAUACACAACGAUAUCAGAACAUCAUCACCGACACAGCCGACUUACAUCAAAAGAUCCCUAUACAACGGGCGACUGUUCAAGUCCUAGCUCAACGAUCUCGGUGUUGUCGCCAAGCAAUUUCCCUAGCAACGAGACUCGGUACGACAGGCACUCUUCCUCACAAAACAUGGACGUAUCAUUUGUGAGUGGGAGCGAAGAGGUUAUGGCUGUAUCUCCUGUUGAAGAGUCCCGAGACGAACGCAUACCAGGAUCAUGGGGUCACAACCAUUGCAGUCCGUACUCGAUACCAACUUUGAUUACUCAGGAGGAAACACCGCUCAGUAACGUCAUCACCAAGUACAGAAAUAGUGCAUCAGGCCUACUUGCUCAUGGUGCUUCACCCAUAGAUAUCCUCGGCGACGUCGUGAUCGAUGUGGAAUUGUUUUUCCGAGAUCGCAUGGUGACCGAUAUAUCCAGCGUCUGCAACUGGGCGAGUGAAGUAUGGCGCAGCUUCAACGAUUGGGAUUUCUACGUCAGGCUUGCACACAUACUGGCAUAUACCGCAAUCAUGCGCUGGCAGCUCUGUUCCACCCAGGAAUAUUAUGUGGCCAUACCAGAUAUGCUUAAGCCACGGGCCGUUCAGUAUUCGGUGCCGCAUGAUAUCGCGUUGGAUUUCAUGCCACUACCGCCUCUACGCGAAAAUCUGAUCAAGAAGGCAGGGGACUGGGUGACGGUAAUAACCUCUGCAGGCCUCAGCGUGAACUGGGAUCGUGGCAUGGAUGAGGCAGUCGUGCGGAACAGCUCUUCCCAAAGACGUCAACUCUCCAAAGACUUCAUUAGACAUGUUGUCAAUUACCAGAAUUGGAGCGUCGGAGAGAGCAUUCUUACCAUUUUCCCCGAGAUGCUACAUUCGAUCCGAUUUCAUCGUAUGGAUCCAGGUUCGAAAUGAGCUGGCAGCUGACAACUUGGGCUCUCCGUUGACGGCGGCGGCAAUGGCUUCCUUUCUAGCCGAUCAGAUCAUUGUGUUGUAGGGAGAGAUGUACUAGAUCGCCGAAACUGGCUUUCGAGACGAGAUCUCAGAGGAAAUCGACGUCCUUGAGAAGAUUCGCCCCAAAUCAUUACAGCGCUCACGAC